AUGCAAUUGAAUUGUGACAACAAAGCUGCAAUAGACAUUGCACAUAAUCUGGUGCAACAUGAUAGAACCAAGCAUGUUGAAGUUGAUAAACAUUUCAUCAAGGAGAAGCUCAAGGCGAAGAUCAUUAAGGUAUCAUUUGUUAAAUCCGAAGAUCAACUUGCAGAUGUCCUCACCAAAGCAGUCGUAGGCAAGGUAUUUCACAGCUCACUUAGCAAGUUGGGCAUUGACGACAUAUAUGCUCCAACUUGA